CAGGCUGAACGUUGAACACUCCUGCGGACAACUCAAAUGCUAAAGCCACGGUUAUCUCUUUGGUUCACUCGUGGUUAUGCUACUCGCAUUGCAGAAAAGCCUCCAGCACGUUUUCCAGAUCCAUUACUGAAUGCUCCCAACGUUGCUGCCAAAACACUCAAGGACGAGAACUUGACAUUCAUUCAUCGACCUCCCCCAACAGUACCUUCACCUCAUUCAACAACUUUAGCUCCUGCUUCUCCGUUGCUCAAAUCUCCGACACCAUCUAAUAAACAUGCACCCAUGCCACCUUUCUUGCGGCCUUCGGCUUACAAUGCUGCACCAUUACGAAUGUCUGAUAAAGACAUUGAGCAACUACGAAAGUUGAGGCUGUCUAAUCCAGAAAAACACAGCCGUGCUAAACUUGCAAAACUGUUCAAAUGCACGCCAAACUUUGUGUCCAAGAUUGCUGCCCUCCCGAGGCCCAAACGGAAGGAGUUUGCAAGGAAGAUGGAGGCGGAGCAUGAGACUGUAAGGGGGCAGUGGGGAGAGAAGAAGGCUACCUUUGUUGCUAUUAAGCAGAAACGCCGCGAGUUCUGGUGAGCACUGGGUUCAUCAGCGUAACUAGAGUCGUAGCCUGUGUAGAUGGAUUUUGCCUGUUACGUUACCGACGCAAUUGAUCCUACUUUACUUCGCCGACGCGACAACCCGUUCCGUAAUUUUCCGUCCUUCCGACUCUUGUCACUCUUUCUAAAUCGGGAGCACGACUCAACUAUCGUUCCACUUCUCUCCAUGGGCCUGCAUGGUCAAAUGAGUCGAUUUUCAUGCCA